CUUCUUCAUUUCGCAUAGGUAAGUCAUUCGUUCUAGUACGAAACGCGGAAAUCAGUGUGUUUAUUUAUUCACAUCACUUUAGUAGGUGGUGCCCAUAAAAAAUCGCCUUGUACCGUCCAGUAAGAUCUUACAAAGUGAAAGAUGGGGAAAAAGAAAGGUGGAAAGAAGAACGAAAAUAAACAAACUGGGGGUGGUGACCAGCCAGGGCCUUCAUCGGGAGUCAGAGGUUUUUCAGAUCCCCCACAACGGGACCAGGGCGAUGUUCCACCACAACAAGCAGGCGCCGGAAAGGGUAGAGGCCGGCAGCAACCAGCUGAAGCUCAAAGAGCUCCACAGCAGCCAGGUCCGCCUCAACAACAGCAGCCUCCGCCAGUUCAAGCUCAACCCGGUCGAGGUGGUUUUCCAAUGCAACAACCAUCACCAACAGGACGAGGAUUUGUAAAAGGUAUGCCCCCAGGGCUGCAGGGUCAGCAGCCACCUCAAUGGGGACCAGCACCAGGAAGAGGUCAUCCUCCAGUGCAACUAGCUCAGCAAACUCCUCAAAGAGAACCGUACGCGGGACAGCAACAAGGUGUCCCUCAAAUGCAACAAGUUCAACAGCCUCCCGGAGGAUUAGCUUGGGGACAGAGGCAAGGCGGCCCUCCAAUGCAACCAGCUCAACAGCCUCCUCAAAGAGGACCAGCAGCGGGACAGCAACAAGGUGGUUUUCCAAUGCAACAACCAUCACCAACAGGACGAGGAUUUGCAAAAGGUAUGCCCCCAGUGCUGCAGGGUCAGCAGCCACCUCAACGGGGACAAGCACCAGGAAGAGGUCAUCCUCCAGUGCAACUAGCUCAGCAAACUCCUCAAAGAGGACCGUACGCGGGACAACAACAAGGUGGCCCUCAAAUGCAACAAGUUCAACAGCCUCCCGGAGGAAUGGCUUGGGGACAGAGGCAAGGCGGCCCUCCAAUGCAACAACUUCAACAGCCUCCUCAAAGCGGACCAGCAGCGGGACAGCAACAAGGUGGCCCUCAAAUGCAACAAGUUCAACAGCCUCCUCAAAGAGGACCAGCCGUGGGACAGCAACAAGGUGGCCCUCCAAUGCAACAAGUUCAACAGCCUCCCCAAAGAGGACCAGCCGCGGGACAGCAGCAAGGCGGCCCUGCACUGCAACAAGUUCAACAGCCUGGGGGACAGCAACAAAGUGGCUCUCCAAUGCAACCAACUCAACAGCCUCCCCAAAGGGGAACCGGGGGACAGCAACAAGGUGGUCCUCCAAAGCAGCAACAUCAGCAACCACAAGAACAAGGUAGAGCCCAACAGCAGCCUCAAAGGACCCAACAGCAACAAGGCCCAGGAGGAGUUCAAGCAUCAGCAUUGAGGUCGGAAAUGGCUGGAAUGCAGCUAACCCGAGUCAAUAAAGGCGAUGAAGAAUUAGUGUCAAAACAAAGAAGAUUGCCCGGAACCCAAGGACGUGUUAUUAAAGUGGAAAGCAACCACUUACAACUGAAUUUAGGAAAACUUGAGACUGCAUACCAUUACGAUGUAGCAAUUAAGCCGGAUAAACCAAAAAUGUUUAUGCGGCCAAUAAUGGAGAUUUUUAGGCGGAAGUUGUUUCCCAACAGAUACCCAGCGUAUGAUGGCAAAAAGAAUUGGUAUACAGCAAGUCCGCUCACAAAUAACCUGAACGAUAUCAUCGAGUCAGAUAUUACAAUUAAUGAGGACGAUGAUCGUGCAAAGGUUUUCAAAGUGGAGGUGAAAUUUGCGAACAAAGUCGACAUGAGGCCGCUGCGCAAUUUUCUUACUCAACCAGUUACGCCGCAAGAGGCUAUCCAAGUGGUUGACAUUGUGUUGAGAAUGGCACCGGUCCAAACGUGCAUUCCGGUCGGUAAAUCUUUCUUCGUGAAACCGACUAAUACCAUUAUCGAACUGGGCGAGGGCAUGGAAAUGUAUCAUGGCUUCUUUCAAUCAGCAAUUAGAGGUUGGAAGCCAUUCUUGAACGUGGACGUGGCCCACAAAGCUUUUCCCAAGAGCCUCAAUGUGAUCGAUUCAUUCGUCGAAGUUCUAUCGACGUUCCGAUACAAAUUCGUGCCCGAAAACCUAAGUCGAUUGGAUCGCAUGCAGCAAGAAACCUUAACCAAAUUCGUAAAGAGUUUGAGAGUCUCGUGCAUGAUACCGAAUGCGCCCUCUUCCCGUAAAAAUUACAAAGUGAACGGAUUGGAAGGGUCCUCACGCAAUAGCGUCUUUAAAUUUAAUAAUGUACAAAUGAGUGUUGAGGAAUAUUUUCUCAAAACGAAGAACUACCGGUUGAAGUACCCACAGUAUCCCACUCUGUGGGUUGGCAAUCCCCAAAGAGCCGACAAAAUUCUACUGCCCAUCGAACUAUGUACGAUCAUCGAAGGUCAAGCUGUACAGAGGAAAAUGACGGAGGAACAAACCCGAAAUAUGAUCAAACAGUCGGCCACUAAUACGACACUUCGCAAAAGCAAAAUUAUGGAUGGAAUCAAGCGCUCUAAUUUCAAUCAGUCGCCAACUGUAAAAGAAUUUGGCUUUUCUGUUGGCGACCAAUUCCUACAAUUGGACGCUAGAGUGUUGCAACCACCCGAACUGAAAUACAAGUCGAGUGUGUGCAAAGUGAGCAAGGGCGUGUGGCGAUCCAACACGUUCUUAAAUCCCGCAACGAUCAAUAGCUGGACGUUCGUUUGUGCUAACCGUUACCCGCCAAAACCCGAUGAGUACAGCAGAAUGGUUUCGAUGUUUGAGAGUUCAGCCAGAGACGUGGGAAUGGUGUUCGCCUCCAAAGCUACUAUGCCUUUCGUCAAUGUGCAGGGUCGUCAGACCUACAUGGACGCGUUGCAAUUGUUCAAAUCGAUUAAGGGCAAAUACGAUGUGGUUUUCGUGAUUGUACCGGACAAUGGUCCGCAGUAUUCCUAUGUGAAAAAAGCGGCCGAAAUUGCCGUGGGUUGUCUAACUCAGUGCAUCAAAAUCGGAACCGUUAGCAAACGAUUGAAUCCCCAAACCACCGCUAACAUUCUUCUAAAGGUCAACAGCAAGAUGAAUGGUGUGAAUCACUCCAUUUCUAUUACGCCACCGAUUAUGAGGAGGCCGGUGAUGAUUAUGGGCGCGGACGUGACCCAUCCCGGGCCGGACGCCCUACAUAUACCAAGUGUUGCGGCUGUGACCGCUUCUCAUGAUCCGAAAGCGUUCCAGUACAACAUUUGCUGGCGGCUGCAAAAUCCCCAAGUCGAAAUCAUUGCCGACCUGGAAAGCAUCACCGAAGAACAUCUGCGCUUCUUUUAUGAGAAGACACGCCACAAACCGGAAGCGAUCAUCUUCUUCAGAGACGGUGUCUCCGAGGGACAAUUCGAGCAAGUGAGACGAGCAGAGAUCAUGGCGAUUCGGUCAGCUUGCAAGAAAAUGCAGGGCCAAGAUUAUGAGCCAAAAAUCACAUUCCUUGUUGUGCAGAAGCGCCACCACACCAGGCUGUUUCCAAUGAAUCCGAGAGACUCCGAGGAUCGAAACCUGAACGUUCCCGCAGGAACUUGUGUGGACACUGAAAUCGCCCAUCCAUACAUGCAGGAUUUCUACCUGGUGUCCCAUGCCAGUAUACAGGGUGUGGCCAAACCGACCAAGUAUGUCACUCUGUGGGACGACAACGAUAUGACUAACGAUCAGAUUGAGCAGUUGGCCUACUAUUUGUGCCACAUGUUUACCAGAUGCACCCGAUCGGUCAGUUAUCCAGCGCCGACCUAUUAUGCGCAUUUGGCAGCAGCCAGAGGAAGAGUCUACAUUGAAAACGACCAACUGAAUAUGUCGCGUCUUCGAGAUGAAUUUCAGAAAGUCCAAAUUUUGGACACGAUCCGGAAAGAUUUUCCCAUGUUUUUUGUUUAAUUCUUUAAUUAUCUGAAUAGUUGUCUGGUUUGGCGCAAUGGGUCUGUCUAUGCUAUAUUCCGCUGGAAGUGUUUAGUUUAUCUCAGCUAUUUUCAAUAAACCCUUUAUUUAUA